CUGUGAAGUAUUGAUCGUAGACCAAUAAUUUGCCAGCAGAUUAGUGAUAUGGCCAUUCUUACGAAUAUAUCUCUUAUCAAAAAGUGACUGUUGUAGUUUGUUGAUUAAUUGUGACAUAGUCAUUUAUUACAAAAUAAAUAUUUCAAACAAAACUAAUAUUGUGUAAAAUAAAUCAUGUCUUCAUCGCGUAUGAAGGCAGCAAAAUGUGCAUCAGAUGAGCUCGCCAUAACAAACUGCGCGCUCAUCAACCCCGACGACUUUCCCAGUGAUGUAAAGCACAUUGAGGUAUCCACUGGACCAUCCCAACAUUUCGUCUUCAGUACAAGAUUUUAUAACGGUGUAGACCGUGGGACAGUGGGUUUCUCUGCACCACAGAGAAAAUGGGCGACAUUGUCUAUUGGUCAGCCAAUAGACGUAAAGAUUUUCAAACCUCAGAAUGCAGAAUGCUUAUGCAGUCUGACCUUAGAUGCCGAUUUCCUACUGAAGAAAACUACAUCUUUAGAUCCAUAUGAUUCAGAGCAAAUGGCUCGGGACUUCCUCAUCCAGUUUUCGAACCAGAUAUUCUCUGUGGGACAGCAACUCGCGUUCUCCUUUCAGGAUAAGAAGAUAUUGUCAUUAAUUGUGAAGAACUUGGAAGCUGUAGACGUACAAGCACUAACGGCUGGCGGGAAGCCGGUCCCUCGUCGAGUAAGGAUGGGUCGCCUGUUGCCUGAUGCCUGCAUACAGUUCGACAAAGCAGAGAAUUCUUCUCUCAAUUUGGUUGGCAAAGCGAAGGGAAAGCAGCCUCGACAGUCUAUCAUAAAUCCUGACUGGGACUUCGGCAAAAUGGGAAUCGGUGGCUUGGAUAAUGAGUUCAAUGCGAUCUUCAGACGAGCUUUUGCUUCUCGAGUCUUUCCACCAGAAGUUGUUGAGCAAUUAGGGUGCAAGCACGUUAAGGGUAUUUUACUAUUUGGCCCACCCGGUACUGGUAAAACUUUGAUGGCCAGACAGAUCGGGAAUAUGCUGAACGCUCGUGAGCCAAAAAUCGUCAACGGGCCUCAAAUAUUGGACAAAUAUGUUGGCGAGAGUGAGGCCAACAUCCGUAGAUUGUUUGCUGACGCCGAAGAAGAAGAAAAGAGAUGCGGACCCAACAGCGGACUACACAUAAUUAUAUUUGAUGAAAUCGACGCCAUUUGCAAGGCCCGAGGUUCAGUUGGAGGGAACACCGGUGUUCACGAUACUGUUGUGAAUCAGCUUCUAUCGAAGAUCGAUGGUGUGGAUCAACUGAAUAAUAUCCUUGUCAUCGGUAUGACAAACCGUCGUGAUAUGAUUGACGAGGCUUUGAUGCGACCCGGUCGUCUAGAAGUACAGAUGGAAAUCGGCUUACCUGAUGAGAAGGGGCGCGUCCAGAUAUUGAACAUUCAUACUAAACGUAUGCGUGAAUAUAAGAAAAUCGCUGAGGAUGUAGAUUCUAAGGAACUAGCGACCCUGACGAAGAACUUCUCUGGUGCGGAAUUGGAAGGUCUUGUGAGGGCCGCACAGUCCACUGCUAUGAACAGGCUCAUUAAGGCGUCAAGUAAGGUGGAAGUGGACCCUGAGGCCAUGGAGAAACUCAUGGUUGAACGUGGCGACUUCUUACAUGCACUUGAAAAUGAUAUUAAACCCGCUUUCGGAACGGCAGCAGAAGCAUUGGAGCACUUCUUGGCACGUGGUGUAAUAAAUUGGGGCAAUCCAGUAUCAUCCAUUUUGGAGGACGGCCAACUUUACAUACAACAGGCUCGAGCUACUGAAGCCAGUGGCUUAGUGUCGGUACUAUUGGAGGGGCCACCUAACAGUGGUAAAACGGCGAUGGCAGCUCAACUCGCUAAACUAUCCGACUUCCCGUUCGUCAAGGUGUGCUCACCUGAGGACAUGAUCGGCUUCACAGAGUCCGCUAAGUGCUUGCAGAUCAGAAAGUACUUCGACGAUGCGUACCGCUCAAGUCUGUCCUGUAUCCUUGUGGAUAAUAUUGAACGUCUACUCGACUACGGACCUAUAGGUCCUCGGUAUUCCAACCUUACACUGCAAGCACUCCUCGUGUUGCUCAAGAAACAGCCACCCAAGGGUAGAAAACUGCUCAUCUUGUGCACUAGUAGUCGGAGACAGGUGCUGGAAGACAUGGAGGUGUUAUCGGCAUUUACGGGCGUACUUCACGUUCCUAACCUAUCACAACCUGAACACGUUCUUGCGGUUCUGGAAGUGAGCGACGCCUUCUCUAAGCGCGACCUCGCCAAGAUACAGAGCGAGCUUCGCGGUGCCAAAAUUUUCAUAGGAAUCAAGAAACUUCUAGCUCUAGUCGACAUGGUGAAACAAACAGAUGAAGAGAAUAGAGUAUUCAAAUUCCUAACAAAAAUGCAAGAGGAGGGAGGCCUAGAUAUCGGCACUACUAUACAAUAAGAAUCAUUGCAACCUUAGGGAUUACACGAGCAUACCACAAAUACGCCCUCACCAGAUCUCACCAAUGCACAUAUCUACUCAUCUAAAAAUGCCAUCACCAAAAUAACCGAGUCCUCCCCAUGCGCGUCCGAUCUAAGGAGCUAUGAAAUCGAUUACGACGAUAUAAGUGAAUGCACAGAGUCGUUAAUAGAUAUUAGUCAUAACAAAAAAGGUUUAACAUCUAAAGGUAACGAGAUACCACCGUCCAAAAUGCCUCUAAUGAGAAUCCGAAGUGUGGAGAUAAUAUUUGAAGAUGAAAUGUCCACAUGCACGGACACAGCACUGUUAGACAGGAGUAUGGAUCUGGUUGUAUCUGACAGUGACGACUCUACUAAAUGCGUUGAUGACUUGGAAAAUUUACAAGUUGAGAGAGAAGAUAAUGACGAUUCUGUGACUAUAAACGCUGAACCCGAUCUAUCUGAAGACAAUUCAGUUUCUCUAACUAUAGAAAAUAUUAUUGUAGACGCACCUAAACCUGAAGUUCCACACAUAACAUUACACGAUGUAGAUGUUGCACAUGCACAGUCCGGUAAUAUAUUGUCAACUAACGAUGAUAUCACUGUAUCUCUAAAUUUAUCUGAUAUAGUAGAUUCUGGACGUUUCACUGAGGAGGCUAGUUCUUCUCAUUUAGAAACUGUCCCCACAGUUUAUGGAGACGCAGUGCUUUCAGAAUCAUUCGAUAUAAUUGAUAAAGCAACAACGGCGGGCUCCUGUGAGUUAUCAGAGUAUACUUUCGGUAAUGGAAACAAAUCGUUGUUGUAUGAAUACAUAGACAGCGGUAGUGACAGUUCGGAUGACACAGCCGUAUGCGACGAGGAGCAAACUCAAACAAA